CGGCUCCUUCGCUCGGCCCCAUUCGGCUCCGUUCGUUCCCCAUUCGGCUCCGUUCGUUCCCCUUCGGCUCCGUUCGGCUCCUCCACUCGGCUCCGUUCGGCUCCGCUCGGCUCCGGUCGUUCCCCUUCGGCUCCAUUCGGCUCCUCCACUCGGCUCCGCUCGGCUCCCUUCGGCUCCGUUCGUUCCCUUUCGGCUCCCUUCGGCUCCCCUCGCGCCCCUUUGGCCUUGACCCCACGAUGGCGGCGCUGCGCAGCGUGAAGGGCCUGGUGGCGCUGGUGACCGGCGGCUCUUCGGGCUUGGGCCGAGCCACGGCGGAGCGCCUGGUGCAGCAAGGGGCCCGCGUCGUCCUCCUCGACCUCCCCAGCUCGCAGGGGGCCAAGCUGGCGGCGGAGCUGGGGGACGGCUGCGCCUUCGCCCCCGCCGACGUGACGUCGGCCAAGGAGGUGGAAGCGGCGCUGGAGGUGGUUAAGAAGACGUUCGGGAGGUUGGAGCUGGCGGUGAACUGCGCCGGGGUGGGCAUCGCCAUGAAGACCUACAACGCCAAGAAGGACAAGGUGCACGAGCUGGAGGACUUCCAGCGCGUCGUCAACGUGAGUGCGGCGCCGGUCAGCGGGGUGCUGGCGAAAGGGGUGGUUGUGGG